GGGAAAUAAAGUCUUGUGUAUUUGGCGACAAAAAUUAGCUGCUGUUUCUUUCUCUUUCUUCGACUUUUUUUUUCUUUGGCGACAAAUCGGAGAGAUCGAAAUCGCUUCCGAUUUCGAGCUAAUCGGAUGCAAACGAUGACAAAUCGGAGAUCAUUUGUAUAUUGUGUUUUGUAAAGACUUGAGAGAACUGAGAAGCAUCCAUUCAACAAUGGAGACUGCGAUUUGUGGGAGAUUAGCUCUCGCAGCAUCCUCUCUCUUCAAUUCUAAAUCAGGUUUCUUCUUCUUCUUCUUUGUUUCCGUAUCAACAUCUCUUUGUUCUGUUCGGAUUCGUUUGAAUCAAAGUUCUUAACUUAAAUUAGUAAUCAAAUUCAGAACUUUUCUCUGUAUAAUUUGCUCAUGCCAAUUGAUUACAUACAAAUUUUCUACGUUGAUAUUGAUUUGUGAGACAAUUAGAUGCCGAAAGAAAGAGGCUUUAGCCUCUUACCUUGUUGAAUCUCUCCUGUCUGAAAGCAAAUUGAGAUAUUGAGAUAGAGAUAGAGAUAAAUUGUUACAUAGAGAAAAAUUUAGUUUCGUUGAAGUGAUUUGUUUUUUCAUAGAGAUAAUUAUUACAGAACACAAUUAUACACUUUUUAAUCUUUGUGGCUUUUCUAGUUGUGAUUUGGUUUCCACCAAUAUUUCCUGGAUUCUUGUAAACUCUUAAGGCGUUAGGGAAGUUCAUAAUUGCAUUUGCAGCAACACCACACUUGAAUCUUGAGAAACACGUGGAAUGAGUAAGAAGACCUACACAAGAAGAUCUUAUCCGACUACUCCAUAUCGGAGAGAUACGCGGAUUUACCGGGAUGAUAGAAAGCAUCGAUUGUAUGCAUUGAGAAUGAAAAAAUUGUCACACCUCUUGGAAAAUACGCGUGGAUCUGGAAAACCGUCGAUCGUUUUAGAGGCUGUAGCUUCACAAAAUAUUUGGAUAUGACAUGCAUUUUUUGGACCUCCAGUUUGGAUGAUGAAGACGAAGUUUGCAUCUACGAGGAACUUGACGAUUUGGAACUUGGAGAACUUGAGGUAAGCAACCAAAACUUCUUAUCUCCAUGCAUUACCAUUAAUCUUAUAAGUUAUGCAGGCUAAAGAAGGCACUAGAAUGGACAUCUCAAUUUUUGUGCCACCAAGUGAUAUAUGUUCAACGCCUGAAAAAGGACAGGGCAAUUAUUCAUUAUUUUUGCCUCAUGCUCGAGAUUCUGCUGUGAUUCCUAUAGGAAGUUCACAUUCAACGGCUGCACAUGAAAAUCAGAAGGAACCUCAUCCUUCAGUUGGAACUUCUUUUAUCUCUACUGCACAUGAAAACCAGAAGGAACCUCAUCUAUCAGUCGGAACUUCUUCCAUCUCUGUGCAAUAUAGUGAUACAUGUUCAACGGCUGAAAAGGGAAGAGACAAUAAGUCAUUGGAUUUGUUUUCUGCUCCAGAUCGUAGUCUGAUUCCUAUAGGCGGUGUACAUUCAACACAAGGUGCUAAUGAUAUAUAUGUUAAUAAAUGUUUCAUGAAAAAGGCUGAGUUAAUGCAGAAGAUGAGGACAUGGGAGUUGGAGUAUAAGUUUGAGUUUAGAUCUCGAUUGUCUAACAAAGAGAGAGUGGUUUUGGUAUCUGUAGAUGAUAAAUGUACUUGGAGGAUGCGUACAAUAAGGUUAGAUUCUUCUGAUUUAUUUGUGGUGAAGAAGUAUUGCUAUGAGCACACAUGUGACACUACACACAGAAAUGCAAAUCAUAGGCAAGCUACUGCGAAGUUAUAAAAAUCUCUUUUUAUGUCAUGAUGUGUUUCGUGUUUCAUAUAAAUAUAUACGUUCGUUUGUAUAAGAUCUUAUAAUUAGAAGCUUGACUCACUGGUUA